CGCUCCCAGCUCCGCCGCUGCCCUCGCGAAUGGAGAGCGGGUCCCCGGCGGGGGGAGCGCAGCGCGUCUGUCUCCGGGAGCGCGGCCCGGCCGCCCCGGCAGCCGCUUCGGCCACAGCAGAUGGGAGCAGCUCCGGGACUGCGCCCGCCCCGCCGCGGUCACCCUGAGGCCAGGGACCCGGGAGCGCGACCUCCUGGCCGCCGUCUGGGACUUUGACCUUCCGGAGGCCAUGGAGGCUGGCGGGGAGCAGGGCGCGACCUGAUCGCCUCCCCCUGGACGCCUCCGCCAACGGCGCUCACGCUUCGGUAACUUUGCAGCGCUCAUGGAUCUGAAGACAGUGCUCUCCCUGCCCCGCUACCCAGGGGAGUUCCUGCACCCCGUGGUGUACGCAUGCACGGCGGUCAUGCUGCUCUGCCUCCUGGCCUCCGUCGUCACCUACAUCGUGCACCAGAGCGCCAUCCGCAUCAGCCGCAAGGGCCGGCACACGCUCCUGAAUUUCUGCUUCCACGCAGCCCUGACCUUCACGGUGUUCGCCGGCGGCAUCAAUCGCACCAAGUACCCCAUCUUGUGCCAGGCGGUGGGCAUCGUGCUGCACUAUUCCUCGCUGUCCACCAUGCUGUGGAUAGGAGUGACCGCCAGGAACAUCUACAAGCAGGUGACCAAGAAGGCCCCUCUGUGCCUGGACGCAGACCAGCCGCCGUACCCCAGGCAGCCCCUGCUCAGGUUUUACCUCGUCAGCGGAGGGGUCCCCUUUAUCAUCUGUGGGGUCACGGCUGCCACGAACAUCAGGAAUUACGGGACAGAGGACGAGGACACGGCGUACUGCUGGAUGGCCUGGGAGCCCAGCCUAGGCGCCUUCUACGGCCCAGCCGCCAUCAUCGCCCUGGUCACCUGCGUGUACUUCCUGGGCACCUACGUGCAGCUGCGGCGCCACCCAGGGCGCAGGUACGAGCUGCGCACACAGCCCGAGGAGCAGCGGCGGCUGGCGACGCCCGAGGGCAGCCAUGGGAUCCGGCCGGGCACCCCACCCGCACGCGAUGCCCCCGGCGCCUCAGUGCUGCAGAACGAGCACUCAUUCCAGGCACAGCUGCGCGCCGCCGCCUUCACGCUGUUCCUGUUCACCGCCACGUGGGCCUUCGGGGCGCUGGCGGUGUCGCAGGGCCACUUCCUGGACAUGGUCUUCAGCUGCCUGUACGGCGCCUUCUGUGUGACCCUGGGACUCUUCGUGCUCAUCCACCACUGUGCCAAGCGCGAGGACGUGUGGCAGUGCUGGUGGGCAUGCUGCCCACCCCGCAAGGACGCCCACCCCGCGCUUGACGCCAACGGGGCUGCGCUGGGCCGCGCCGCCUGCCUGCACUCGCCGGGCCUGGGCCAGCCACGGGGCUUCGCGCACCCACCAGGACCCUGCAAGAUGACCAACCUGCAGGCCGCGCAGGGCCACGCCAGUUGCCUGUCACCGGCCACCCCGUGCUGCGCCAAGAUGCACUGCGAGCCACUGACGGCGGACGAGGCGCACGUGCACCUGCAGGAGGAGGGCGCCUUCGGGCACGACCCCCACCUGCACGGGUGCCUUCAGGGCAGAACUAAGCCGCCCUACUUUAGCCGGCACCCGGCAGAGGAGCCCGAGUACGCCUACCACAUCCCAUCCAGCCUGGAUGGCAGCCCCCGCAGCUCGCGCACAGACAGCCCCCCCAGCUCUCUGGACGGCCCAGCGGGGGCACAUACGCUGGCCUGCUGUGCCCAGGGCGACCCCUUCCCCAUGGUCACCCAGCCCGAGGGCAGCGAUGGGAGCCCUGCCCUCUACAGCUGCCCCACACAGCCGGGCAGGGAGGCAGCGCUCAGGCCCAGCCACUUGGAGAUGCUGCGGAGGACACAGUCCCUGCCCUUUGGUGGCCCCAGCCAGAACGGGCUGCCCAAGGGUAACUUGCUAGAAGGCCUGCCGUUUGGCACUGACGGGACUGGCAACAUCCGAACGGGACCCUGGAAAAACGAAACUACUGUGUAGACGGGGCAGAGGACAGGGUGUUCCCGGAGGAGCUUCAGAGCAGAGUGGGGCCAUCUGCCACAUGAGGUCCCUGGGGGCACCGAAGGGACUCUGCCUUUCAGAAGCAGUUCACACCCCGCCCCCUUCCUUGUGAAAGACCUCAGCGGGGAAACGCCCUGGGCCACGCCCACUCCCUUUAUCCCAAUUCCACGUGCUGGUCCCCGCACAUGGUCAUCGGGUUUCUGUCCUGGGGCACCCCAGAGGCAGAGCAGGGGAUUCCAUCAAAGGACCCACCCAGACCCCAGCAUGGCCCUGCCCGAGAUGCCCUGCCGCCCACGGAGUCCUGGCUUCCCCUGGUGUGGCCGGGUAGGGCCGAGAUCGCAGGAGGGGGCUGCCCUGAUCUUUCCCAGUGUUCAAUGUGUAUGUCUUGCGUUCUACUCCGGGGGUGGUGGCGGCAGGUCUGUCCCCAGCAUUCUCGCUCUGGGCAGAACCCUCGAGACCCUCUGCUGUCGUGUGUCUGAGCUGCCCCUGCAGCUUCACAGGGCCCCUGCACACCUCUGCCCACUCAGUGUCCCCUGUCAGCCCCGUCCUUGUCAUAGCCCCAGCACUGCAGGGCUGAGAGUACCACGGAUGCUGGGGGCUGCUCUGGACUUUGGGGAUGGCUGUCAGCCUCAGAGGGCCAAUGGGGGGCUUUCACGGGCCCAAGCCUUGGGAAAAUGCCCAGACAUCCUUUAGUGAAGACUCAACUUCCAAAACCAGCCACCAUUGGGACUGGAUUCCACUCCAGUAUAGGCACUUAGCAACAAGAAGGUUUAUUCCAAAAAGAAAAGGAGCUGACAGACGGGAGAUUCUCAUGGACAAAACCCCUUUCCCUUUCCCUUUUUCUCAUCUCCAUGAACAUCUGGGCACCAAGCCCUGACUCAAAGGACAGAUGUGGAUGACAACAAGCCUUCUGUGAAAGCAAAUGGCCCGUCCUUAGGUGGGAGGGAGUCCAGAGGGCCAUGGGUGUGAAACUGUGCACAGCUUUCCCUCCCUCCCUCUUCCUCCUUGUCUGUGACACGUGUGCACCCACACAUACACACACACAAACACAUGUGCAUAUCACACACAUACACACAAACACAUGCAUAUCACACAUACACAUGCACACACAAACGUGCAUAUCACACAUACACAUGCGCACACACAAACACGUGCAUAUCACACACAUACACAUGCACACACACGCACACAACCACAUGUGCAUAUCACACAUAUACACAUGCACACACACACAAACGUGCAUAUGACACACACACAUGUGCACACAUACUUAACACUUGCACCUGCCAUGCACAUGUGCGCACACGCAUAGUAGUGUGUUUCCAGCCACCCAUGCACUGAGUUUUCAUUGGAGAUUGUUUCACCCUGCAAACGUCAAUGUCAGCAGACUCGUCGGUGUGCUCUGCUAUCCGGUCGGCAGGUCUCACCAGGAGCGGAGCCUCCCUAGCGUGCACCUCCGAGAAGAGGGGUGUCGGGGAGUGUUCCUAGCGCCUGCUCGGUGGAAGGGCUCUCCAGAGACUGGCACUCAGUGUCUGAGUAUGAGGAGCCUCACUUCCCGGGGUGUCGGUAAACUUGACCGUGACGCAGUAACCCGCAGUGUGCUCCUCCCAGCAAACCCCGUGUGUCCUUACAGGUCGACCAGAUGGGCCACCGGAGGACUGCCAGGUGGCUCUGCCUCUGCCUCACCUUCUCACCUGCUUCCAUAGCUGAUGUGAACCCGAAUCCCCACGCUGUGCUGUGUACACACUGUAGGUGCAGAACCGUCCACACAAAAAUACAGUCUUGGCAUUGUUUGUUCUUUGUGAGGCUGGUUAAUAGCAUCCCCGUGUGUUUUUCUUGCCCUCGAUGGGGGUAGAGGGGCACCUGAGUGUGUGGCCCCCUUCUGUGUCCUGGAUCCCGGGGUGAGGCUGCUCUCCCUGGCCCCUCCAGCCCCUCAUGAACUUUCUGCCCUCAGUGCCCCUGGCUGAGCGGAGAGGCGUCCCACCGUUCCACCAAAGAAAGUCAACAUUGCACAUUAAACCUCUGUGUGUUUCUGUACUGA